AUGAUAACAGAUGUUGUUUCUUCGACUGAGCGGUAUUCCCCUGCAACCGCUACACCGUCUCUGGGCACGCUGAUGCUUUCCCCUGACAUCACCGAGCUGACUGCAGCUCUGCCGCCGGCACAAACCCAGGUCACUGAGAUACAGUUACACAACUCGCAACUCUGGAAGGCCACAACACAGCAGACCACAGAGGUUCACCAGCACAGAAACACUGCAAGAAUAAACAGCACAGGGGACUACAGCAGAGUCACUGCAGACUUCACCACCACCGGCAGCUACAUCGCCAUCACCAUCACCAAUAACGCUACAUCUGCUACCACAGUCACAGUCAGAUUUGUCUCCACCCCAGCCACUCUACAGGCUUCAACACCUACAGUCCCAGUGAGGUUGGGGGUCCCCAGACAGAGGAGGUGUAGUCGGUCAGCCAGGGGGAGUUUCUCCCACUCUCGUUCCCUCUCCCUAUACCCAGCUCAGCAUGCCCCAGCCCCCGAGCACCUCCACAGCUCUCCCAGCUCCACUACCAUGUGUAGAUGGACAGUGACACAAGGUGCACCGGUCGCCUGGUUCUCCUCCCGCCCCUUCUGCAGACCUCCUUCACUCCUCCUCUCCCUCACCUUCCUCCUCCUGCUUCUCCUGCUCGGACCUUCCUCGUCUUCACCCCUGUCCGCUCUAUCGUCAGACUCUGAAAAGGACCAUGAUGUGCCGGGAGGGACUCCUCCUGACAUCUUCAUCUCACACCCGCCACCUUCCUCAUCAUCAACCCCACCGCUGCACGCAUCCUCUGCGAGGUUGCCACGGGCGACCAAUGUGUCAUCGUCCUCCGCGACAGUUGUCGGGCGCCACGUGCGGAGCAGCUACAACCAUCUACAAGGAGAUGUGCGCAGGAGGAAACUGUUCUCCUACCAGAAAUUCUUCCUUCGCAUUGACAAGAAAGGAAAAGUCAACGGCACCAAAAGUGAGGAUGAUCCAUACAGUAUUUUGGAGAUCAAGUCAGUGGAUGUGGGAGUGGUGGCCAUCAGGGGCCUCAGCAGUAACUACUACCUGGCAAUCAGCAAGAAGGGAGAGCUAUACGGAGCGAGGGACUUUGGUCCGGACUGUCGUCUGAUCGAACGCAUUGAAGAGAACAAGUACAACACCUACGCUUCAGCGGAGUGGCGCAACAAGAAGAAGCACAUGUUUGUGGGACUGAACGCCAACGGCAAGCCAAUGAGGGGGAAGAAGACACGGAGGAAAAACACAGCCACUCACUUCCUGCCCAUUGUGGUACAACCACGGUGAUUGAACAUAUCAGCCAUGAGAGAGCUUUGCAGACUGCAGGCUAGGGGACUUCUUUGGAGUUACAGCGAUGGCUAAAUUGGACAGAUCUGAAUCAGAUCUGAAUGAUGCACUGAGGAGGAAAAGAAUGGGAACCUACGGACAUUUUAUCUCUGUUGGAUAAAGACAUUUCUAUUUUUAAAGAAAGAAAUAAGAUAUAUUGCUAUACAAUGUAUAUAUUAUUUUCAGUUUUAAGUUAUCAAGUACAUUGGCACAGCAGAAAAUAUGAAAAGAAAUGACUUCUGUGCCAAAAUCUGAUUCGUAACUCACACUUGUGUACAUGUGGGGUGCUAGACUGGGAAGAAACAACAUGACAACAUAUGUAAGAGAGGAAGAGAAAGAGACCAGGAGAAGUAUUGAUGGAGGGCUGACUGAUAAGACAAGGAGAAGGUGAGAAAAGUAGAAAAUGAAAAGGAGGAAAAAAGAAAAAAGGAGUCAAGAAGCACCAAGACAACAGCAAGUCUAACACUAUCAUGUUUUUUUUCUUUGAAUUUAUUUAUUUUGUGUAAUAUUUAACAAAAACAAAC